AUGGGACAGAGCUGGCAGUCGAUUUUCCACCGGGUGCUCUCCUGUGCUGUUCUGCUGCUCCUGCUUGUGGCUGUGCUGAGCAGAGGCAGGAGGUGCAGCAUCGCCAAAAUCCUCCGGCAGUACCGCGCCGUCAUCUUCCAUGAGAUCCAGAACCUGAGAAACCUGACUGGGUCGGUGUACAGGAGUGGGAGGGCUGGGCCUGCCUGUCGUUGGGACAAGGACCAGAAGAUCCUGCUGUCCAUCUACAACAUCAGCAUGUCCCUGCCGGAGGUGGGGGCUGGCACCCUGCAGGGCGCUGAGGAGCUGGCGGUCUGGAGGGUGGCCAGGAACACCAACUUCGUGUUCCAGGAGAACUGCAGGAAAAUCAGCAAGAUUGUGGCGCGGCGUGCCGGGAUGCCCGUGCCAGGACAUGCCAGCCGGGAGGCGGGGUGUGCCCAGGCCCAGCUCCGGGUGUGCUCCCGCCCUGCGCCCUCAUCGCUCGCUCCCCUGCUGGGUGCCGCGGGCUGCUCAGCGGGAGCCUGCAUCCUCAUCCUCAUCCUCGCUGGGAACGGCUGGGAGAUGCUGGAGAGCGGCUGCUCCGCUGUCCCUGACAGAAAGAAGUUCGCAGCCUCGGGGCUGUGCCUGCGUGUGGGUGUGACAGCGGGCUCCGUGGGGGCGCAGGGGCAGCGGUGA